CACACCUCCGGGGAGGAGCUGCGGUCGCUCGCAAACCCGGUUGCAAACCCGACUGGCAGCCGGAGUUUCCGCUCCACUCCUGGCGACAAGACAAGACGGAGAGCGCGCGGACAUGGCCCAGGCGCCACCCUCCCGCGCCCUGGAGCCCGAGCACGUCCAGCGGCUGCUGCACUCCUGCCUCGAGGCCAAGAAGUCGGCCUACUGCCCCUACAGCCGCUUCCCCGUGGGCGCCGCCCUCCUCACCGGGGACGGCAGGAUCUUCUCCGGGUGUAAUGUCGAAAAUGCCUGCUACCCGCUGGGCAUCUGUGCUGAACGGACUGCCAUCCAGAAGGCCAUCUCAGAAGGGUACAAGGACUUCAAGGCAAUCGCCAUUGCUAGUGACCUGCAGGAUGAGUUUAUCUCGCCGUGUGGAGCCUGCAGGCAAGUCAUGAGAGAGCCUCACAAAAUCCAAGAGAUCAAGGACUUUCUGCUCCCAGUCCAGCAAAAGGACACGAAGUCUGUCCAGAUCAAUAACAAGGAUAAUGUGAAGUUCAUGGUCCGGUGCAGCAGGGACCUCUACACCCUGGUCAUCACCAACAAGGAAGGCCAAGAAGCUGAGGCACUCAGCCCCAGGUGUGGAGUGACAGCGGAAAUGAACCUGGCUGGCUGA